GUCCGCCCUCGGGUCGGGGGCGGUGCGGGAAGCCGGAGUAGGGUCUGUGAGUCGCAAGGGGCGUGGAGACGGCGGCGGGACGCUCCGGGUGCGGACAGGCUCCUGCGAGCUGGGACUGCCCGAGGGGAGCUCGUUCAUACCUUCCCCCAUCCCGGCCAGGUGCCGGCCGGGCCCGGGGUCUGCGGACAAGGUGCUGACUGCGGCCCGGGGCCUCCGCUCCCUGCCCUGACCGGCGCCCGCCAUGGCCCAGCAGAGGGCCCUGCCGCAGAGCAAGGAGACGCUGCUUCAGUCCUACAACAAGCGGCUCAAGGACGACAUCAAGUCCAUCAUGGACAACUUCACGGAGAUCAUCAAGACCGCCAAGAUUGAGGAUGAGACGCAGGUGUCCAGGGCCACUCAGGGCGAGCAGGACAAUUACGAGAUGCACGUGCGAGCCGCCAACAUCGUCCGCGCCGGUGAGUCCCUGAUGAAGCUCGUGUCCGACCUCAAGCAGUUCCUCAUCCUGAACGACUUCCCCUCGGUGAACAAGGCCAUCGACCAGUGCGACUUCCAGCUGCGCACCCUGCAGGACGAGUGUGACCGGAAGCUCGUCACCCUGCGGGACGAGGUUGCCAUCGACCUGUAUGAGCUGGAGGAGGAGUAUUACUCGUCCAGCUCGAGUCUUUGCGAAGCUCACGAUCUGCCUCUGUGCGAAGCUUACUGGAGGCCGGACCACGACUCGGACCCCGCGGACGGCCUCUCGGCCCCUCUGCUGGCGUCCCCGGAGCCCGGCGCGGGGCCCCUGCAGGCCGCCACCGUGGCCCACUCCCAUGCCGGCGUCCCCGGCCCCUCGGAGCACGCCUGAGCCGCCCCGGCCCGCCCCCCGCCUGCUGCCGCCGCAGCCUCGCUUCUCAGCCUUGGCUCCUGCUGCUUGGGCAGCUGCUCCGGCCGCCUUGGGGGCCUUGCCAGCCCCGGGACAGCCCGCCCACUCUCCCUCGGACCACCUCCGGGCACCGCCUUCCCGGCCAGCUGGGCGGAGGAAGCGUCCGGGGCAGCCGGCCUGCGGAGGGAUUCCCAGCUGGGCAGAGAGGACGCCCAGCAUUGGGGGCCUGGCGGGAGCCGCCGCGCGCAGUGGGGGAGGGGCUCCGGGUGAGCGCACACACGCUCCUGUUAUUUUUUAUUCUUUGUACGAGAAAGUUGAAUGAAAACAGCGCUGCCCUCG